UGUGUGUGUGCGUGUGUGGGUUUUGUUUUAAUUAUGUAGGCGCAGCAUUGCAGUUUAGUUUUUCUUACGCGUUUUUUACGUAUAAUUUGCUCAAUUUUUAAUUUAGUUCAGCAAAACUCCGGUGCUGCCUUCAAAUUGCUCCGCCGAAGGGUGUAACGCAAGCACACAUAGCACCUGAUACCAAACAAGGAGAUAAAGCAUUCAAAUAAAGUGAGUGAGAGGACGCCGCGUUGCAGUGACAGUGACGCUAUGCUGCAUUACUAAGAAGGAAGAGGAGCAGCUGCAGCAAGAAAAUACAAAAGGUGUGCAGGGCAGUCCUUCCUUCCUGCAAACGAACGCUGACGAAAAACAACUACAAACUACAAUCAGGCAAGGCCUUUUUUAGGCCUGGCGUCUGAAUGAAAUGACAGAGGGGAAACAUUUUGAAUGUGAACCGUUUGGGCGAACAGCCACUGUAUUGGCAUUUUUUUCGACUUUCGCACGUUUGAUAUUAAGUCGUCGCCGGAAUAGUGUCUUAAAUGUGCGUCAACAAAAUCGACUGCCUGUGUGCAUAUGUACAUACAUUUGUGAUGUGGCUGGGACUGGUGAUGGGAUCUUAUGGGAUGGGAGAGGCUCAUAAUAUCAUAGUCUUAUUUUCGGCAAUCUCCCGAGGCAACGCUUCAUGGUUUACAGUGGUUGUGGUGCGUGAUAAAACUGGAAAGGAGAAAACGAAACUUAAGUCUGUACAUAAAUCAAACAUGUCUAAACUAGUGCACGUCUGUAAUACAAAAAGCUAACUCUGAACUAAAACAAAUAUAAGCAACAAAUAAGAAACAUUAUAACAACCAGGCCAAAAGGCGACUGAUCAAAGACUUAUGUCCCUUUUAGGAUCACAAAAAAAAGCACCGCACCGCAACGCAAACCAAUCAAACGAAGCGCUCGCUGGCCUGGCGAUGCAAUUGAAAGCGUCCAAGUCAAGAAACAUGGCCAGUCUUAAAGAUGAGGAACAGGCGGCAACCACAAGCAGCAGCAACAACAACAACAACACGAAUAACAUAAACAAUAACCACAGCACCAGCAACAGCCACAAUCAGAAUCAGAAUGAGGAUGAGCUGAAGGGGAAGCGGGAUUCUCUUGAGGCGCGUAAGCAGGCCCUGGAGCAGCGGCUCAGCGAGAAGAGUUGGCUGCUUCAGCAGAUCCAGAAGCAGGAGUCAGCCAUCAUCAAUGGCAACUAUGAGCAGAUGACCAUCAACGAGUUCUUCUCCCAGCUCGCCCAGCAGUACAAGCACGAGCAGCAGCUCCAGGUCCUAACCAAGGAGAGCAGCUCAAUUCUGAGGCGUAAGCAGAGCACGACCAGUCGGGAGAGUCGCGAGAGCCAGCAGACCAGCAGCAACAGCAUCAAUAACAUCAACAACAAUCGCCAGUCGGAGACGAUGUCGAAUCGCAGCUCCGAGUACGACAAUUACCAGCCGGCUGGGGGCAUGGGCGACAUGCUGGUAAUAGGCGUGGCGCAACAGCAGGCGCAGCAGCAGCAUCCGAUGGUGAAGAGCGCCCUCAAGAAGCGACCUACGCCCACGCCAAGCCAAAUGCAGUACAUGAGGCAGCAGCAGUCGCAUCACCUGAUGAUGCCGUAUCAGAGAUCCCAGCCGGAUGUCAUAUCCAUGUACUCGGCCAACUCCUCAAAUGUAGCCACGCUGAGGCAGCCGCCGCAGGCGUCGCCGCAGCAGCAGCCCAUCAUAGUGCAGUGCGAAAAGUACUACUUGUCGCCCACGCAUCAGAGCUACAACGAGUGCGGCUUCAUCAAGUCCAGUCAGAACAUCAAGAAGUACGUCUCCCCGCUGGCGUCGCCAAGCAACCACAGCUACGAGCAGCAUGCGCAGCACAAGCAUCCGCAGCACCGUCAGCUGGAUGCCAUCUCCCUGGCCCCCAGUUAUGCAUCGGUGGACAUGGACGCUCAACAGCAGCAGCAGUAUCGUUGGCGUUCCCAGUCCCAUAUCGCUCCUUUGACGCCUCCCCAGCUAGGCAUCAUUGAGGUGAAGUCGCACUCCAGCGACAUGCUGGCAGCUCCUCUGCCCAGUCGCUAUCAGCCGCACGAUGAGAUCUCGCUGUCGUCCUCCUCGACCACCAUCGAAAAGAAGGCCAAGUCAAAACAGUGGCUGGAGUCCUCUCUGGAUGGGCCAGCUGUGAUUCGCCAGCUAGAUUCUCAGCCACACAGUCCAGCCGGGAGCAGCAGUAAUGGUAGCUGCAGUCAGGCAGCGGCAGCCACCAAACCGCGGGCCAAGCUCUCCUCCCAGUCCAUGUCGGUCUCGGGAGCCGGUGUGGGUCGUCACUAUUCCAUGUCAAAUCAGCGGCCAGUGCAAAACUACCCGAGUGCCAGCUAUGCGGUGACCACCAGCUCAAAGGCGCUGCUUAGUCAGUCCACAUCGUAUCUGAAUGCCAUGGAACAGACGAUGGGCAUAUCGGUUUCGUAUCCACUGGAACCCCUGGAGAUACCCCCAUUCCGCCAGUUACCCCCCAAACCCAAUCAAAUGCAGCCAACACCACCUCCCAGGCCGCCGCCAGCUCAGCAGAGCCACAACAAUGGAAGUGGGAGUGGAAUUGGAAGUGCUAUACAGACAGCUCUGGUUUCCCCCCCGUUAGCCGUUGCCACGGCCAGUCUAUCGCCGGAAAUACGUAUAGAGUCGCCAAAGAACAUGACCGUGGUGCAGCAGGCCACUUUUCAGCCCUACAAGGAGGUGACAAAACCCUUCGAGAUGUCCGACUUCUACAAGUAUUCCACCAAAUUCAAGCAGAAGGAGGUCGGAAGACCCGAAUGACCUACAAGGAUAAGGAUCUAUGGAAUUGCCGCAAUUUUGACCCUUUUCAUGUGAUUUAUAAAACAAAAAAUUUGUAGACGAAACUACAAAGCAAAAACCGCACAGGAGUUGAACAAAAAUCCGAUUUGUUGGACCCGCUUUGAAUUUCAAGUUCAAAAUAAAUAAUAUUUAUGGAAAUAUUUAGGACUAGCUGAAAAUUUACAUUACAUUAAUUAAUGCUCAUUGAAAAUUGCCAAAUUUACCAUUGACAUACAUAUCUAAAGCUUUUUAUUUAUACAUUUAAAAACAACCAGGACAAUAUUAUCCCCAAGGGGAACAUACAUUUGCCUUAACGCUGUAUUGCCUUGAAAGCAAAGCAUUUACAAAAGCCUAACAAUAAAGGAAAUAUUCCGAUUGGCCAUUGUUAAUCUGAAGAUAUUUUUAUAUGAAUAUAUAAAUAUAUUUAUAUGGAUGAACUUGUUUAAGACUAAUCCGACUAAUGACAAA